UCGAAUGUGGGAUACGCCGUGUGAAUAAAUAAACCAUACUUCAAGCUAAAUAACCGCUAGGGUGUCACUUUCUCGUCGCUGGCUUCAGUUCAUGGUCUCUAACUUCACAGUUUUGACAGCGGAGCUGAAAACACCAGAGACAUGUCUUCAGAACAAUCAUUUUCAGGUAACGAGCCAAACCAACACAAACGUGUGACUGUUAAAUCUAAUCCUGGAUUCCUUGAGAGAUUAAGUGAUACAGCAGGAGGAACGGUUCUUGGUGUUGGACUCUUUUUCGUUUCAAUUUAUGUUCUCUUCACCAACGAGGGACGAGCGCUGCAAACAGCAUAUUCUCUGGAUGAAGGUCUUUCUCAGGUUGUGCCAUUGGGGCCUUACAUUAGCCUUGAGCCGCAGAACAACAACCGUUUAGUUCACCUGUCUGCUCAGCUGCACACUGCACAGCCCCUGUAUGAUCCCAACUACAGAGUGGUGGUGCAGGCUGUGAAGCUGAAGAGGCAGGUGGAGAUGUAUCAGUGGGUGGAGUACCAGGAGAGCAAGGACUACCAAGAGAACGGUGAAACCAAAACUGAGACCACAUACACCUACAACACUGAGUGGAAAUUGGAGUUGGUCAACAGCCGUAACUUUGAUAAGGAAAUUGGUCACCAGAACCCAAGUGCCAUGGCAGUUGAGAGUGUGACGGUCGUGGCUCCUGAAGUCCAAGUGGGACCGUUCAUUCUGUCUAAAGGCCUCGUGGAGCAGAUCAAUAACUUCCAGACUCUGAGUUUGAAGGAAUUUUCUACCUUAGUCUUGGACCAUUUUCUCACCGUUGACGAUGAUUAUUUCUAUCACACCCAAAACCCUCGGAGGCCGGAGGUCGGGGAUGUGCGUGUGAGAUUCUCCUAUGCUGGACUGAGCGGUGAGGAGUCUCGACUUGGCCCGGCUCAGACUGUCAGUAUUGUUGCCAUGCAGAGAGGAGAACAACUGAUGCCUUAUAAGACAAAGUCCGGAGACACUCUGGAGAUCCUGUACCUGGAGGAACUCUCUCCAGAGGAUGUUUUUGCACGAGAACACCAGCACAACAGUAUGAAGACAUGGGGGCUCCGAGCUGCAGGAUGGGCUCUCAUGUUCCUCAGUAUUCAGCUGACCAUGCGCAUCAUCUACACACUGGUGGACUGGGUUCCUAUUCUCAGGGAGCUGGUGUCCGUGGGGCUGAAGAUCUUCGCCUUGUGCAUCUCCUGCUCCCUUUCGCUCCUCACCAUCGCAUCAGGUUGGCUGUUUUAUCGACCGCUAGUGGCGGCGGCUCUGGGAGCAAUAGCUCUGGUUCCGGUGCUUCUCGUCCGCUCAGGUCUUCCGGUCAAGAAGAACGAAUGACUAUUGAAGUGAUGUUCACACUCAUCAUCCAUCAAAUGUGUGUCACAGUGUUACAGCAGCAGCAAAAAUUGUACAGGGUUUUGUUUCCCGGGUUCUUGGCACUUCUCAUCUCAACCAGAGUUCUGACGUUGUCCAGUCGGACAACGGGAAGUAGUGAGUAACAUAAAAUGUUCUCAGUGUGAUUGUUUUUUCUGUAAAUAAAACCAAAGAUAUGUUGCUUUCCCCCCAAAAAACGGACUGUCAGUUUAAUAGGUACACUUAAAUCAAUCAAACAAAUGUAGGUCUUAUCAAAGAGGAAUAAGCCCAAUUGAAAACAAGCUACUCAGUUGUGGUAUUUAAUGUCCACCUGGUGUUCUUCAGUGUGGGGAUCCAGAAGAUCUUUGGAGGGUUGAAAAGCCUUAAAUAUUUCAUGGCUGUUGUUGAAUCAUAUCUAUUAAUCAGCCAUCAAAUCCUUCAUCAAACAUCUUCAUUACCUUCAUUAAGGUUAGUGUUAAAAAUACAUUUCAUGGAGGUAGAAUUGGUUUCAGAGCUGUUGGUGGUCCAUGUGGGGAUUGUUCUGCAGUUGAUAAACCAAUGACUUAAGUUCAAUGUUGUGAAUUAUUUUCAUUUGGAAAAUGUAUGAACGUCACUGUAUCAAACCAAACAGACCGAUCUGAGUCUGUCAAAGUGGGGAUUUGUUGAUCUUUAUGUUGCUCUAUAUAUUUUUAUACAGUGGAUGUUAAAUAAAGUGCUCCAAGUCUGAGAUGAUAAACCAAUGACUUAAGUUCAAUGUUGUGAACUUAAGUCCUCAUCAAAAACUGUUUACCAGCUAUCUCCACACUCAUCACAGAAAUCAUCAACUCCUCUCUCAGCUCUGGCUCAAUCCCCCUUUUACUCAAACUGGCUGCUGUCACCCCAAUCCUCAAAAAACCUGGACUCAACCCCGACAUAAUGUCAAACUUUGGGCCCAUUUCCAAUCUCCCCUUUCUGUCUAAGAUACUGGAACGCAUCGUCGCCAAACAACUCAAAACCCACCUCUGCUCAAAUGAUCUGUUCAAACCAUUCCAAUCCGGCUUCCGUUCACAACCCAGCACUGAAACAGCCCUCCUCUCCGCAGACUCUGGUCAACUCAGCAUCUUCCUGGACCUCACUGUUGGUCAACAGCCAUAACUUUGAUAAGGAAAUUGGUCACCAGAACCCAAGGUCCAUGUGGGGAUUGUUCUGCAGUUGAAAAACCAAUGACUUAACUUCAAUGUUGGAUUGUGAAUUAUUUUCAUUUGGAAAAUGUUUGAACACCACUGUAUCAAACCAAACGGACCGAUCUGAGUCUGUCAAAGUGGGGAUUUGUUGAUCUUUAUGUUGCUCUAUAUAUGUUUAUACAGUGGAUGUUAAAUAAAGUGCUUCUUCCUGUGCAGUA